AUAAACCUUACUAUUAUAUCCUACCUAGUAGUCGCGGGCAUGGCGCCCGUGUUCAUAGGCGAUAUUGCAGACCAGAGCGGCCGCAAACCCGUGUACAUCCUCAUGUUCCUGCUCAUGCUGGCGGUGAACCUGGGCAUGGCGAAUCUGACUAGGUGGAUCGUACUGCUGGUGCUGAGGAUGAUACUGAGCGCGGGGGCUUCAGGUAUGGUGAGCGUCGCGUAUGGUGUUGUUGCGGAUAUUACGACUGCUGGGGAGAGGGGGUCGUUUAUCGAGACGAUCUUUUUGUUCACUAUAAUGGGGCCGAGGUUGGGGCCUGUAUUGGGAGGUAUACUUGCAGAGAAACUCGGCUGGCGCUGGAUCUUUUGGUUCCUCUCUAUCCUCACUGGAGGAAGCCUCGUGAUACUAGCCCUCCUUCUUCCCGAGACGCAGAGAAAGAUUGUCGGAGAUGGAAGUCUGCUAGCCAGAGGGAUAUACUGGAGUGUGGUAUCCCCAAAGGCCUUAAGGUCAACUCGGCAGAGCCAAGGAGAUGCCGAGCCUUGUGAGAAGAGAGGCUGCCGAUUCCCUAACCCUCUUACCUGCCUCCCCGUGCUCAUGGACAAGGGGUCUCUCUUCUUAAUCCUGAUCGGAGCUUUGCAGUAUGUCAAUGUGAUGACGCUGCAGACGUCGCUUGCAUCGCUGAGCAUCGAGAUAUAUAACCUGAACUACCUGCAGGCAGGCUUUAUCUACAUCCCCUGUGGAGUAUACCUAGCAGUGUCUGCAAAAGUCACAGGUAAACUUGAGUCGAGCACCCUAACCACAGUAGCUGAUUAA